UCUAUCCGCAUGCGGUCGAAUUGUCGCGUAUUUCAGUGAGUGUUCUGUACUUGAUUCGUAAUGAUCUUGUUGUGAGACGAAGCGAAUUGGAAAUUUAUUUUAAGUGUUUAUAUGGAGCGGUAUGCUGACGAUGAAAUGGAAGAGCGAAGAUCAAUUCGCAAUUCUGGUAAAGCUCUCAAAAAGUAUGGAAGCACAUCUAAACACAUUAAACGAAAUGAAAUUAUGAUCAAACAUGUUGUGUCCAAGUCAGAUACACUUCAGGGAAUCGCCCUUAAAUUUGGAGUCACUACGGAGCAAAUUAGAAGAGCUAAUAGACUGUGGGCAACGGAUAGCUUAUUCCUACGAGAAUAUUUAUUGAUCCCAGUACCCGUGGAUAAUCCGUUAUCUACUCCAAGCAAUGAUGCUUUGACUGAAUCUGAAUCCAAUCACACGAUUGCAAGUACCUCUAGGUCCUCGUCGAUAUCGUCGUCCAUAGACCAAGAAAGUUCUGUAGACGAUUUCCUAGCGAGAAUGGAUUCAUCAAUAGCCAGUGUUAAGAAAGAUGUCAAACGCGCUCAAGGAAAUAGUGAAUUUUGUCACGAGGGUGACGAUUCAUUUAUACAGAAACGAAAAGCGGUGGCGAGGUUACGAAAUUCUCAUCCAGUUUCUUCAAAUCCUUACGCGCCAGUGACAACUUCAGAAUUAGUUAAUUCAUUCUCGUCAAGCGAUGUUCACAGUCUUCCAUCAACUGUUGUCAUGACACAAGGAAGACGAGUGCGGACAUCACUGCAAAGACUUCAGCAACAGCAAGACGAAAUGUUUCAAUUGUAGCAAUCAAUUUGCGUACGAACAGCCGUGCGUUGAAUCGUAAAUUUAUCGAAUAUUCCAAAAGAAAAAUCAGAAUCUAAAAUUUAUUUUGAUGGUGCAAUAAUAAGAAAAAAAACCGAGUAGUGCUUAGUUGAAGAAUUCAAAGAAAGAAAAAAUAAUCCUAGACCAUAUUAUGGAUCCCCAAAAAAAGGGAACCGUCUGUGCCUUUCCCUAAAAGCCUACAUUAUACUUUACAGCUAUUUUCCCUUAAUUUUUCUCAAUCUCAAUAAUUCGAAUCUUAUUUUCCCAGUGGUGCAGAUUUUUGAGAUUCAUCAAAGAGAUUAUUUAUUCGUAUAAGAAAAGGGACUGUUUUCUAGUUUUCUGUUUUUAGAAAAUGUAGAAAGUUGAAGAAAGAAAAAAGAAAAGAGAGAUAGUAUUUUGGAAUAAAUUAUUUUUCCAAUUUUGUUUCUCCGAAAAUAAAAAAAAAAUUGUCGACGUAUCAGAAAAAGAGACUUAAAAUCGCACUUGCUUCCGAAUAUUAAAUUCACAUUAGGACAGAUAAUAACAAAACAUUCACCAAUUAACUCUGUCUUCUCUUAUUUUAAUACGGAACAAUUCACCAGUCAUUCGUUGAUCGAAUGCAUUUUUUUUUCAUAAAAUAUUGUAAAAAAGAAAACUGCAAAUUCUAUUGUCCAUAAAAGUAGAGUAGACGAUGUGCAGCGAAAACAUUUUUAGAAAAAUGAAUCAAUGUAUCAAAAGAAUCCAUAAAUACAGGGAAAUAUGAAAGAUUCAGUAGUUAAAAAAAAUAAAAAGAGAAAUAUUAAACAAACGGAAUAAAUGAACAAAGUAUAAAAUGACUGAAAUUCGAAACAAAAUAAACGAAGAAGUAGAAAAAGAAAGAUACGAAUAAAAAAAGUUUGUAAAAGCAUAUUUUACAGGCACGAAAACUAGAAUUGAUCCAAAAAAAGAAACAUUGUCUCGACUAUAGAUAGAAGAAAAUGAUUCGAAUAAUGCACACAUUUUGAGUUUUGCUAUUUCAUACACAAUGAAACAAUGUAUUAUAACAGUGUUGUAUAGUAAAACUUAAAAAUAAUUUCUUCUAAAACGAAGAAAUUCGAUUUUAAGUGUAACAAUAAUUCGCUAUAUUUAAGUAGUUUAAUUUAAAAAGAAAUAAUUAUUAUCGUCAAACGAAUAUGGUAUUGUCAGUACCUGUGAUUGUUUUCACUUUAAAAAAAAAAAAAAACGUGUCAUUCCUUUAAGUAAAAAAAAGUGUUAAUAUACGUAUUCAGCUAUUUAAAAAUCAUGUACAAAAAAAAUGACAAAAAGUAUGUAUACUUCGUUGGUGAAUUUAUGAAAGAAAGUGUUGUUAAGAAUAUGUGAUUUGCAUAUUUGAAAAUUACAAUUUUCUUCAGUAUUAUGCAUUGAACAAAUUACAACUAAAUUAAAUUUAGAAACACUUUCU